CUGGUACUAUCAUUCACACUAAUUUGAACAGUGAAGCGGCAGUGUUUCCGACCUCCAUGUUCGAGCGCCCUAUUUCGUAUAGUACUUCUGCGGUCGCGACAACGCACAAGGCUACCGCGGGGCUCGAGAACCCAUGGCGACACUUUGCCUUCCGGAUCUAGAGCGGGCUCUCAAUGCUCUUUCAUUAGGCGGCCCCGUUCCUUCGUUCGCCGAAGCGGACGUCUUAGGGAAUCCUCUCGAUGUCUGUCGCUCAUACCUUGCCGGGCUUCUCUGCGACCUCAUCGACUGUGAUCCCAAAGUCGCUUACAAUUCAAUACAAUGGCCAAACAAUAUCGAUGCUGGAGAUUUGGCUAUCAUCCUCCCGAAGCUCUACCCCGGGGUAAAGCCAGAUGAGGCUGCAAUCGAUCUGAUGGCCAAGUUCCCAAAAGAACAUCCGCUGUUUCCUCUUCCAGUUCACGAAAGCGUCCAUCUACGGUUCUUCCUCAAAACCGAGACGUUCGCCCGUUUGCUGCUCCCAUACAUACUCGACCGCAAGAGCUCAUACGGUACCGAUCCUGCGCUUGGGAUGCGAGAUGCUUCCUCUCCAGAAGGGGCUCGCAAGAAGCUGGUCGUCGAAUUCUCUUCCCCAAAUAUCACGAGCGAACUGCAGGGAAAACACCUUCGGAGUACCGUCCUCGGGGCAUUCGUGAGCAGGCUAUACGAAAACAUGGGAUGGGGUGUCACUAGAAUCAAUUACCUAGGUGACUGGGGGAAGCCUAUUGCGCUACUCCAAGUCGGCUUCAACAAAUAUGGAGAUGAAGAAGCCUAUCGAGCCGAUCCGGUUGGCCACCUCCUCCACGUAUACCAUCAGAUUGAGGAGGAGUUCUUGCCACUGCAGGCCGCCAGUAGGAAAGCUCGCGACGAAGCUGCCAAGACAGGGCAAGACGAAGGAGAGGCACAACUGGAGAUAGAGAGUCAUGGAUUGUUUGCUGAGCGGAACGCGGCCUUCAAGAAGCUGGAGGAGGGAGACGAGGAAGCCGUUGCUUUCUGGAAGCGCGCCCGCGAUGCCAACAUCGAAAGCUACACCGACUUCUAUGCCCGGCUUGGCAUAAAGUUCGAUAAGUAUACUGGCGAAUCCCAAGUCAGCCCGGACACCAUGACUGAGGUCGAGCAGAUGCUGAAGGACAAGGGGAUUUGUGAGGAGAGUGGAGGAGCUUGGAUCAUUCAUAUGCAGAAGUGUGGACUUAGGGCGGGCACAGCGAUCAUCCGAGACCGUACUGGAGCAAGCACAUACCUACUCCGCGACCUUGCCGCUGUUUUCGAACGUUCGAGGGAGUUCGAAUUCGAUAAAAUGAUAUACGUCGUCGCGAACGAUAACAAUAGCAACCACUUCACACAGCUCUUCAAGAUCCUGGAAGCUAUCGGUAUGAAGGAGCUCGCAGAGAAACUUCACCAAGCCAAAUUCAGCGACGUCUCCAAGAUGGCCGAGAAGCUGGGCAAAGGAUAUAAGCCUCAAGCGAUACUUAACCACUGUGAGGAAGCCAUGCUGAAUGCGCUGAAGGCGGACGAGGAGAAGGCAACGCCGUUUGGAGUGCCGGGCGAGGCUGCAAAAGCCCUCAGUGUCUCCGCGCUCCUGGGCCAGGAACUCUCUACCCGAUCGGUAACCGCGCAUGCCUUCGACACCACCACGAUGACCCUCUUUAAACCUGGAACGACCCUCGAUCUCCAGUACUGGUACGCUAAGCUGUGCUCACUGCUUAAGGAACAGCCUGGUACGGUCGAACUCUCCGAGGACGAUUAUGACGCUAUUCUGCUAGAUGAACCAAACAAAGAUGAACCAACCAACCUUCUGCGCAUCCUAGCCCAGUAUCCGGAGGUCACGCAUGUCACCUACCACUCGCUAGAGCCUGCUGCCAUCAUGACAUAUCUCGCCAGUGUUGUCCAGCAACUGGAAGAUUGCGUUGAUGACAACGAAGGAGACAAGGAAGAGGGGGAUGCGGAGGAAGCAAAACCGGAGAAGCCAGAUGCCAGCAUCACGCUGGCCCAUGCGGUUCUGUAUGAGGCAGCCCGCAUCGUACUAGAGAACGGGAUGAAGCUACUCGGGCUCACUCCCUUCGCAAAGUACGAGCCAGAUCGUGCGGAUACACCGGUUGCGGAGUGAUCGCUCCGAAAUAUGGGACAAUCGCGAUCUCCCCACCACAUGAAGUUUAUCUCUUUGGUCCGUUCAGUUCUUACGCUCGUUCUUCCCGCCCUUUGCGGCAGGACAUUUUCAGCUCAUGGCUUGGUUCUCGUCCUGUAAUUUUCAUUCGAGAUCGUCUCUAUGAUAUCUUGAAUCAGAUUGAUACAUACAUCGCUGCAAUUUCUUUGAUGCUUUAGGAGCAAGGCAUGAUCUUCACGGAUCUGUGGUGCAAUAAUAAUGUCCAAUGACUUUUUGUG